GACAGAGGCGUGCAGACCCGUUGAAGCCGCAAAGCAGCACUCCGAUCCAUAGCUUUCGCUGCUUGGCUGCCCGAUGGCUGCCAGUGCCGCCGCCCAGGUGAGAAAAGAGGGAGCUGCAGGCCAGGCAAAUCCCUUCAUCAUGACGUGAAUCACUUGUGCUGUCUGUGUGUGGUUUGUCGUUCGGUUUGGUGCAGAUGAGCCCAGUGGUGCGGGCGCAGCUGCUGCCUCAGGUAGAAGGCUAUAGGACGAAGCAGGCUCAGGUAUCAGCUGACGUCCAACACACAUACCAACUCGUCCAUUCCAUGCAGCGCCUCCCAAAACUCAUCGGCUGCUUCGUGUGUGUGUGUGUGUGUGAUGUGCAGGUCAACAGCUGCAUCGACCAACUCCUGCAGAUGCAGACCACAGCUUCGAUGACACCACUGGUGCGGCAGGCUGCCAAGCAGCACACCGACAACCGCAGCACAAAGGCCUCUGUGUCAUGUUGCCCUCGUCUUGGUGAGUUAUUUGUCAGAUGGUGGAUAAGCUGAGUCGUCAAUUUGCUGCUGCGUCCGAGAUGCUGGCCGAGUUGGCAGAGACCAUCAACUCGACCAUCGCACUCACAAGACAUAGCCGCACACAGGUCAGUGGGGGAGUGACCACAGGCUGACACAGACGCAAGACCCACACUGAUGUUGCGUGCACGGCUUGUGUGUGUUGCGUGUCUUGUGUCGUCAGGCGCGACGGUUGCACCUGACUGACAUCCCUGCCAACCCCAUGAGCGUCGUCACUGAACUGUCUGACCUCACCACCAUCGCCCACCUCAAGUCGACAGCCCGCCACUUCACCAACGCCGUGCGGCCCGUCAUCAGCAAUAUUCGGCUGCCGAAGGCCAUCGAGCGGGCGGGGGUGGGCGGUGUGGUGCAGUUCGACGAUCAGCUGAGCGACGGCGACGUGAUGAAGGCCAUGUGGGUGGUGGAGGAGGGGGGCGAGGGCGGCUGGGGGGAGGUGGCGGAUACACUCAGAUUCGCUGAGCCUUUCGGCUGCUGCCAGCUGCCGGUCACUGUGGGUGCUGUAGAUCUGCAGACACACGCCACCAAGGCGGUAAGCACGACACACAGAAGAGGCAAUGGGUGAGCUGCUGGAUGUGUGUGUGUGUGUGGCUGCAGGACUACUCGUCGCUGCCCCGUUUCUGUACGCAGUGGAUGCUCGUCGGCCGCUGUGUGGCCUUCCGCCGCCCCACUGGCCAGCAGGACGGCACACUCCAGCUGUUCCGACACAGCAACAACGAGAUCCGCGUCAUCUGCAACGAGCCCGGCUUCACCAUCACCCUCAACCCGCCCCUCCCCCAGCCCAACCGCCCCGUCCAUCCCUUCUCGCAGCACCCCUUCGCCCACCACGCCAAGCCACACGACCCGCCAGUCCGCCACCGCAUCGCGUGGGAGUCUGGUGUGGGCUGGGGGACGGUUGGCGUCAACAACGGGGCCGGCUGGGCAUCGGCCAGCUGCAUGUUGAAGGGGCUGCUGCUGACUCAUCGGGUGUUUGCCGUGGGCGGCUUCACCUACUCGCCAACGGUGGUGGUAAACCGGUGAGUGGAUGGAAGGCACGCAAUGAGAGGGCAAAUCGCUAUGUGGUGCGCUAUUGACGUGUGUGUCAGGAGUGCAUGUGGCGGCCACCUCGGCCGCAUCAUGAUUCGAUCGCCACAUACGCCCCUCAACGGAUGUUCGGACGUGACGACAUGGGAGGCGGCCGAUGGGACCUGUGUGCAGCUGCAUUUGUUGACGACGUCGAACGACCCGUUUUUCGCAUACAUUUUCUUCGAGAUUCCCCCAGGCAACAACCAGGACGGUACGCCUACACAUUGACAACACAUCCUGAUGCUGUCGUGUCGUCGGAUCAGCCGCUCCUCUCUUGUCUGCAUGCAGUCCACGUCACCAUCAAUACCACCGAGGCGCCAGCAGCAGGUGUCCCCCAUGACGCCCCCUUCGCCCAUCGGUUCCGCCUGACGGCCGCCAAGGUGCGUCGCGUCCUCGGGCCCAUCGCACCUAUCGUGCUCGACGGCCAGGCGCCAUGACCGUGAAGGUGAGAGCCCCGCCGAUGAUGCAGACAUGCAUGUGAUGUGUAUGCACAAGACGCCUGUGUGUUGGUCUCUGUCCUGCAGGAUGGUCGUGUGGCUCGAAGGAUGAGCCGCUGGACUGGGCGGCUGACUGGCUGGCGGGCUCUUAGUGGGAUGGUCUGUCUGCGAGUUGGAUGCAUGUGGUGCAGCCGGCCGAAUGGGAUGGACUCUUCCGUGCGGCCUGUCGGCUGUGUGUGCAGACAGACAGAC